AUGGAUUCACCUGCAACCAUGUCUCCGACGCGCGCACUCUCUUCGGAGUCUAGCCUCGGCCCUGCCGCAGACACUUUCUCUGCUGCCGCGUCUCUAAGCUCUACGCCUCCAACUACUGUCGCCGACACAGCCAGCUUGGCUUCAGAUAUCUCUAAGAACGACAAUGUCACAGCAAUUGGCCUUGUUAACGAACCCGUUGACUCGACCGAGGUCGACGCGACGCCCGAGGUAGCCGACUCUAUUGUCGCGUCUGCCGAGCCUCUGAACCUCGUUCAAUCUUCCGAAUCCCCUGCGCAAGUCGCUCUAGACACAUCUAUGAACGGACGCUCGCGUCGACAGCGCCUUAGUGCGCCAAUCUACAACCUUGCUAAAUUAGCUGGCACUGCUAUCCACGGCAAGCGACGAUCCAAAGGCGACAUCGUAUCUAACAGAAGGCGACGCCACACAACUGCCGGUGAGAUUCAAGUUGCAAACGAAGAGGACGGCGACGACGACGAUGCGAUCUCUAUAAAGUCGACCAAAUCUAAAAUUUCUACACUGAAAGAUGCGAUCCCCCCGAGACGCAUCUCGACGCGUUCAACAGGUGUGGAAGCCGAAACCUUGGCGAGCAAGCUGUCCACUCUAGGAAAGAGGGGUAGGAAGACUUUUGAGAAGGGCCUGAGCAAGAUGUCGCGUGAGCUACGACGUCUGCAGGACACAGACGAAUUUGCAGGAAUAGAUAAGAAGCCUGUUCUAUACUCCACCUGGGCUAACGGGAAGUACAUUUCUCCGGAGGAUUCGCAACCUCCCAGAAAGAGGACGAAGGUCGCAUCCGAGACGCCAGAGGUUACUGCUCCAGAGCCCGAACCUGUUGUUGAGCUUGGCCCGGCUGUUAAGAAGAGACGGGUUAAGAAAUACCUUGAUCGCGGCCUAUACGCUGGCCAGGAGGCCCCACUAGAUAUCUACAAGGGACUCACUCCGUCAGAGAAGAAGACCUUAGCGCAAUUGCCGGAGCUGAUGCCGAGCGGCAAGGUGAACAAUACUAUGCCCAUGCCUAUAUACAAUGGUAUGCGCACAUUGAUCCAGGGCAGGGAUUUUAAGCUGCCUUUUGACAUCUGCAACCCUCUCCCUCCGGGACAACCUAAGCCUGACGAGUGGAAGAAGAUAACGAAGAACCGAUUCGUUGGUGAUGCUGCGGCUUACUGGAAGAAAACACCCCACUUCAAGGACUAUCAAUCCAAAUGUGUAUGCACCCCGGAAGACGGGUGCGGGGAGAGUUGCCAGAACAGAAUCAUGCUUUACGAAUGUGAUGAAACCAACUGCAAUGUUGGCAUUGGCUUGUGCCAGAACCGCGCUUUUGCGAGACUCCAGGAGCGGAUCAAGGAAGGAGGAAAGUACCGCGUAGGAGUAGAGGUUAUCAAGACCUCGGAUCGAGGCUAUGGUAUUCGCGCCAAUCGAUGCUUUGAGCCCAAUCAGAUCAUCAUGGAGUACACUGGUGAAAUCAUCACAGAAGAGGAGUGUGAUCGCCGCAUGAACGAGAAGUACCAGGACAAUCAGUGUUAUUAUCUGAUGUCAUUUGACCAGAACAUGAUCAUCGACGCAACGACUGGUAGUAUCGCUCGUUUCGUCAACCAUUCAUGUUCGCCAAACUGCCGAAUGAUCAAGUGGAUUGUUUCGGGACAACCUCGCAUGGCCCUCUUUGCGGGCGACCGCCCUAUCAUGACAGGCGAAGAGUUGACAUACGACUACAACUUUGACCCUUUUUCUGCUAAGAACGUCCAAAAGUGUCUCUGUGGUAGCCCGAAUUGUCGGGGAGUCUUGGGCCCGAAACCCAAGGAAGUGAAGCAGCCGAAGCCGCCCAAGGAGACGGGAGCCGGUAAAAAAGGCGCCAGUGGCGGAAAGCGCAAAUUCAAAGACGCACUUGGCGAGAAAGAGGACGCGGAGAGCAGCGCAGCGAAGAAGCGCAAGAUCAAGACCGCGACAGGGGUAAAGGCGCAGGGUGCUAAGCGUACCCUCUCUACUGCUGGUCUUAAAGCCGCCAAGGGUGCCGCCACAGCUAUUAAGCGUAGCGUGUCGACAAUCUCUGUCAACACGAAAGCAGUUCUAGGCCCGAAAGGUUCGAGCCAGAAGACAUCGGCAGUCCGAAAGUCCAAGACUGUAGUUAGAACCUACAGCAAGGCCAAGGUGCAGACGAAGCUACCGGCAGCUUUCCGAACCGCCCUUCGAAAGCCCGCGUCGCAUAACUCGAGUCUUACAAUUGUCGCAGCGGGUUCCGAGGAUGUCUCAAUGAAGUCGCUCAAGAUGAGCAAGGUGCUUGGCACCAUAAGAAAGAAGAAGUCUGCCGAUAUUAUACUUUUCGCUAACAUAUACUUUCUUCAAGCUCCGAACACUCCUGAAGUUCCCCAAGGCGAAAGCCCCGAGGUUACGGCCAACCGUUGUGUGAAAUCCUUUUGCGAAUCUGACUCCAAUAACUCUGGAGACGAAGUCCUUUUUCUGCCUCCCAUCGUCGAUGCUGCCGAGUCAUCUCCAGCCGCAGCCGCAGAAUGCGCGCGCCUAAUUCGAAAAUACCUGAAAAGGGACUAUUGGACGAAACCUUCCUACCAGUACAAUGCCAUCAUGCUCAUUCGCAUCCUUGCCGAUAACCCUGGUCAAACAUUUACUAGAAAUUUGGACUCAAAAUUUACCGAUACUUCGAAGGAGCUGCUGAGAUCCGUACGCGAUCCGAGUGUGCGACAGAUGAUGAUGGAGACAUUAGACGUUUUUGAAAAUACUAAGGCGUAUGAUGAAGGCUUGACCCUUCUCAUUAAUAUGUGGAAGAAAGAGAAAGACAGAGCGCAGCAAGUAUAUGGAGGACGGCCUGCUCCGGUGACGCGUUCGAUGACUGCACCUCCAGCCAACCCCCAUUCCCAGAACUAUUUCGCUCGAGCCCAUUCGAAUCGCAAUCUCCCUAACCCUGUUGAGCUAGCCAGUAGGCUAGAAGAAGCGCGGACAUCUGCGAAUUUGCUACAACAAGUAGUUACCAACACCCCGCCAAUCGAAGUACUCAGUAACGACCUAAUCAAGGAGUUUGCCGAUCGCUGCACUAGCGCAAGUAGAAGUAUACAGAUGUACAUGACUGCUGAGAACCCAGCCCCUGAUAAUGACACUAUGGAGAGCCUCAUCGAUACAAACGAGCAGCUUCAGGCAUCGCUAAGCUUACAUCAAAGAGCUAUGUUAAACGCUAGGAAACUCGUCGCUGUUAUGGAACCACUGCCCCAAUCUCAGACUGAGCCUCCGUCUCGGAAUUCCGUGAGCCCAAUAGAGUCAGAACGGAAUGGGGGUAGCUUAGAGCCCCCUACUAUGCCAGCUCGGAAACCGAAUGGCAAAGGUAAGGAAAGGGAACACGAACCUGCUAUAGCAGGGCCGUCAAGAACACAUACACCCGCUACCGAAGACGAAGAUCCGUUCAGGGAUCCCGAGCCUUCAGGGUCGAGAUCCCGUGCGGCCGGCGGCUCGGGAUCUGGUGGUGGGGCAUCAAACUAUAUCGAGGAGCCCCGGUUAGCGUUUGAACCCUUCCACCCCGGUUUCGAGACGACGCCGAGUUACUUGGGUAGGCAAGAGAGCGCUCUCGGUAAGGAGACGAUGCACGGAGCUGCGGGAGACUCCUCGUCUGACGAUCGGCGCUCGCGUGACGACAUUAGUGAUUACGAGGCUCCACCCCCGAAACAAAAGGAGCCGAUCUACCGGUAUUGA